UGUGAAUUAGCAGACCUCAAGCUUGUUUUCAUGCAUGAAAUUCUUGCAUGCAAUCUGAACUUGAAAUGUCUUCUUGGCUGGGAGUUUGAGAGAGACUAGUCCACGGCUGGGCUACCACUAUACUUUUGACAAAGAAAGUACCACUUUUGUGUACAGUUACAAGGAAAAAUUCUGAACACAAGAAUAGAUUCCAAAAUUGACUGCUUAUGUCUAGAGAUUAGUAUUCCUCUUAACAGUACUUUGAAAUUCUGCAGAACUUGGUAGAAGAACAUGGUUUUGGUUUCAACCAUGAGUAUUUGUUAGAAUAAAUGUUCUGUUUCGAUUGUUGGGUUUGAGGAGGAAGUUCUGAGGUAUCCGAUGGCGUCUCGGAGCGGAUCAAAUUGGUGGAGUCUGAGGUUGCUUGGAAUGGUUUACCUUGUUUUAGCUUUAGUAUUUGUUUCAGCACAAGAAAUUUUGGAGCAGCAACCUUCAAGUCAGACUCUUGGGGAAGAGGUUGAAUCUAAUGACUUAAUCCGAGCGUCCAAAUUUCUUUCGCAUCCCGAUGGAGUGGUUUAUAAGCAUGUCUGGCCUGGAAUGAGGUUUGGCUGGAAAAUUGCCAUUGGAACGAUAAUUGGAUUCCUGGGGGCAGCAUUUGGGAGUGUAGGAGGUGUUGGUGGGGGUGGCUUUUUUGUUCCAAUGCUCACCUUGAUUAUUGGCUUUGAUCAGAAAUCAUCAACAGCAAUAUCAAAAUGUAUGAUCACAAGUGGAGCAGCUGCAACUGUCUUCUACAAUUUAAGGCUCAGGCAUCCGACACUCGAGUUGCCCCUCAUUGACUAUGAUCUUGCACUUCUGUUCCAACCAAUGUUGGUGCUGGGGAUCAGUAUAGGAGUUUCUUUGAAUGUUCUUCUUUCUGAAUGGAUGAUCACAAUCUUACUCAUUAUUGUUCUCUUAGGCACAUCAACUAAGUCGUUCUUAAGAGGCAUUGAGACGUGGAAGAAAGAAACCAUCACGAAAAAGAAUUUGCUGGAUGCUUCCAAAAGUUUGCAAUCAAAAGGUGCCGGCAGUGAAGACAUAACUAUCCCUGGAGGAGUAGGCAACGACACGACUGAAACCAAGGAAACUAAAAGAAAGAAGGUUUCUAUUCUUCACAAUGUUCGCUGGAGGCAACUUGGGGUCAUAGUUAUUGUCUGGAUCAUAAUACUUGCAUUGCAGAUUGCUAAGAAUUACUCGACGAAAUGUUCAGUGGUAUAUUGGAUAUUAAAUCUCUUGCAGAUUCCGGUGACCGUGGGGAUAACUUCAUAUGAGGCAGUUAAGCUAUACAAGGGGAGCAGAAUAAUUGAAUCCAAGGGAGAAGGUGGUGCAAACUGGAGAGUGCACAAGCUUGUUUCUUAUUGUGUCCUUGGCAUAGUAGCUGGAAUACUUGGUGGGUUGCUUGGUCUUGGUGGAGGGUUUAUUAUGGGCCCAGUCUUUUUGGAGAUGGGAAUUCCUCCUCAGGUUUCAAGUGCCACAGCCACAUUUAUCAUGACAUUCUCUUCAUCCAUGUCUGUGGUAGAAUACUACCUCCUAAAACGGUUUCCAAUUCCAUAUGCUCUCUACUUCGCUGCUGUUGCUACCGUUUCCGCGAUCAUGGGGCAAUAUUUAGUAGGAAAGGUGAUCAAAGCAUUAGGAAGAGCAUCCUUGAUCAUCUUCAUUCUGGCUUUAACAAUAUUUCUUUUGUUUGUGAACAGGUGGGGUUGGCAUAGCAAACAUGGUGAAAAAGAUUGAGCACAAAGAAUCCCUGGGGUUUGAGAAAAUGUGCACUCAGAAAUCCUAAUCUUGUUAACUCUUCUCUUGACUUCCUUAACUCCCAGACCAUCAAAAUUCUUCACACUUCAAAUCAUGUUGCAAUGAUCAUAUGAUUUUAAGUGUGCCAACGGUAAUGCUGAAGUCAAACUUCAAUUUUCUGCUUUGCAUUUGUUUAUUAUUUUUAAAAUUGUUGGAUAUACUUGCUAUUCAGAUGCAUAAACUUGUAUUGACACAAUUCUAGAUAUGGAUGCAUUUGACAAGGACAAGGUGAGGAUGAAAUUGACAAGUAUUUGAAUCA